UUGGAUUCCCCGUCGUAUCAUGAAAAACUAGAAAAAAAAAAACACGUCACAUUGUAACUUCUAUUUUUAAGACUUUUAUGAAUCUUAUUCUCUUGAUCACUCUCAAAAUGGCACAUUUAGCCCUUAAGGCAACAGUCUACUAACUUACCCAAAGAUAAAUACACUAAGGGGAUUGAUGUAUUUUCGCAAUUGCGCCGGCUAAGACAACAAAUUUACAAAAAAAUAAAAAAAAGGGGACGUUAUCCAGGCAUGUUAGAAGAAGUUUACAAGUCUCUCCUCCUAAGAACUAGCUCUAUAUAAGCUUCUCCCUCUUCCCUUCAAUCCUGACUGUGCUUUGCAUCUAUCUAUUAAUUACUGUAAAACCAAACUCCGAGCUCUCAAACCUUACCAGACCCAAAUGUUUCUGCCGGAGAACUUGGCCCCUGAUGAGGCAAGCCCAGAAUGGUUGAACAAAGGUGACAAUGCGUGGCAGCUUACUGCAGCUACCAUGGUGGGCCUCCAAAGCGUUCCAGGUCUUGUAAUCCUGUACGGGAGCAUAGUGAAAAAGAAAUGGGCUGUGAACUCAGCCUUCAUGGCCCUUUACGCCUUUGCCGCGGUCCUUGUUUGUUGGGUCGGGUGGGGGUACCGAAUGUCCUUCGGGGACAAGUUCAUUCAUUUCCUAGGAAUGCCCAAUGUUUCCUUGGACGCUCAGUAUCUCAUCAAGCAGGCCUUUCUUGGCUAUUUACCGAAUGCAACCAUGAUCUACUUCCAGUUUGUGUUUGCGGCUAUCACGUUGAUUCUGGUAGCUGGAGCAUUGCUUGGAAGGAUGAAUUUUCUUGCAUGGAUGUUGUUUGUGCCACUGUGGUUGACAUUUUCCUAUACUGUAACUGCCUACAGUAUUUGGUGCCCCGAUGGGUGGCUAUCUAAGCAUGGCAUUAUUGAUUAUUCAGGAGGGUUUGUUAUUCAUUUAGCUUCUGGUGUAGCUGGUUUCACCGCAGCUUACUGGGUUGGACCAAGAGCGACCAGGGACAGGGAGAGGUUCCCACCAAACAACAUCCUGCUGAUGCUGGCAGGGGCUGGUCUACUUUGGAUGGGAUGGACUGGUUUCAACGGUGGUGAUCCGUAUACUGUCAGUACGGAUGCAUCGUUAGCCGUCCUUAACACCCACGUCUGCACUGCAACAAGUCUAUUGACAUGGCUCAUGCUUGACAUUAUUUUCUUUGGAAAGCCCUCCGUGAUUGGAGCCACACAGGGCAUGAUCACUGGUUUAGUUUGCAUCACCCCUGCAGCAGGAGUGGUGCAAGGUUGGGCAGCAAUAUUGAUGGGAAUAAUGUCUGGUAGCAUCCCAUGGUACACCAUGAUGGUCCUGCACAAGAGGAUAUGGCUCCUCAAGCAAGUUGAUGACACCAUGGCAGUGUUCCACACGCACGCGGUAGCAGGCAGCCUAGGAGGCAUCUUGACUGGAUUGUUCGCGGUGCCUAAGCUCAACCGACUUUUCUACUUAGUAGAUGACUGGGAGCACUACAUUGGUCUUUUCUACGGAUUCCAAACCGGGCGCACCACAGCAGGGUUCAAGCAGUUGGGAAUUCAAUUGCUAGGAAUCUUAUUUGUAGUGACCUUCAACAUAAUCAUGACUAGUUUGAUAUGUUUUUUGAUCAAUCUGGUGGUUCCACUGAGAUUAGCUGAGGACGAAUUGCAAACUGGGGAUGAUGCAAUCCAUGGGGAGGAAGCUUAUGCACUGUGGGGAGAUGGGGAGAAAUAUGAAUCUAAGCUGAAUUCUGUUUAUGAAGAGUUCCCACCACCCACAAAAGGUGGUGAGGUACAAAUGGCCUGAUUUGAACUGAUGGUGCUUAUUAAAGACAAUAUUGUGGGGAACCCAAUGCUUUGUCUGAAUGUUUCCACUUUCUUAGUGUUUUGUUCUUUUGUCGUUUCUUACUACAUACAUUUCGGGAGGAGGAAUUAUAGCUUGCAACUGGUUGGAAGAUAUGAAUUUGAUAGUGUACACCACUCAUCGAUAGAAAUAAGAACCUUACCAAUCUUCACUCUUGAAUUUCUUGUUGAAUGCAAUCAUUUUUUGUCAUUAAACUUUGC